GGAGGAAGUGAUGGGCAGGGAUCCCGACGCUCCGGAUGGGACUGAUACAGACGACGACGACAGUGUCGACGAGGGCUUCCAAGAGAACGAGGGGUCAGUACAAGAACAUCUCGAAAACACCCUCUUCGGCCUUGAGGAGGACUUCGCCCGACAACCGUCGUCUGACAAGUCCCAGUCGCAACCUGCCAUCGGCGCCUCACAGUCUGGGCCAGCCGACCAGGAGACCUCCCCUGGAGACGAGGCCAUUCAAAGGGUGUCCCACGAGCCAAGUAGCCUUGGAGCUGACACUGGCCCGGGUUACGAGCACGUGGUCAACCUGGCCUCUAGUCUCAUGACGCUGCGUCACCGUGCCUACGUGACUCAGCAGCAAGUGGCGGAGAUUGUCGCUCUCUGGGAACGAUUGCCGGAGGGCGACAAGGCCCCGGUUCGCUUCCCGCCACGCCACCAGGAAAGACUGGUGAAGGGGAGGUUCCGACGCAAGCACUCGCAGACCAGUGUCACACCGGGAGUGGAGAGCUUGCGACGGUGUAUGGUCGGCCAAGGCGGCCAAGCCGCACAGAUGCCAAACAUCAGCCGCCUUGUGGAGGCCGUUUGUAUAGAGUUGUCCAGGAUUCACCCCGAAGGAACCACCAUCUGCGGCGUGAGGGUGAACCGCUGGGCAGCUGUGAUGCGGGAUUAUAUCUGCAUCCAAGAGAACAUCCUUACAAACCCGGUACUCAUGGCCCAGACACGUAUCCAGUUAUUCCCCCUCAAUCAGCGCACCCUGGCACAAUGGCACCUCACUCGCACCAGGGAGCUGGUACGGCGGGCUCUGGAGAUGGCCGUGCCAUUGCCAUCCAGCUCGGCCCUUGCUUCGGAGCCCACCCCUGCCGUACGGCCACGGCCCACGGGCCCCGAGCAGUCCGCUGCACCAUGUCAUGAAUACUCGGACCUGCCUGACCUGUCCGGUCAGGCGACGCAGCGAACUCGGGGCCCCGUGGAUGUGGCACCGCCAAUUGUUGGCCACCCCCCCGUGCCACAAGAAGCACCCGCCACCCAGCCACUCCUCCCGCCGGCUGACACUGCCGCUUCUCCGCCUCCACCGGCACAACCUUCAGUACCCCGCACCACUGCCUGGCGGCGGAAGAAAAAACAGGAGGCGGAGGAGCUGGCGCAACAGCAAGGUAUCCCUCCCAAACAAAGAAAAAAAGUGGAGGCCUUUGUUUGCCAGCGCUGUGGCCGUCCUAAAACAAAAGAGUUCGGCCACAGCCGCUUUGGGAGGGAAACCUUUUGUUCCACCUCAGCCGGCAGAAGUGUCCAGGAGUGGCUGGAGGAAAAGAGGAGAGCGAAGCAAAAUCGUGCCGGGGGGGAUGGCCACUAAACAAUUUUUGUUAAUCAGUAGAUGGGCCCAUACAUUGCUUUUCUUUUCUUUU